CCAGAUUUGACAGACGGGAGCUCCAAAUCACUACGUACCUUUACCCUACCGUGAAUUUUAGACCGACCAACCGCCAACUUUGGGGAACUGACCGUUUAUCUUGAUCUUGAACUCUUCAACCUCAAACUGCUUCAUCUUGUCCCGCUCGAGCUCUGCCGCUUGUCACCGACCUUCGAUAUAUUGCACGCACUUUGACGAAAUCGAGACGAACGAGCCUUAUCGAUGGGUAAAUUCUCCCCUUGAAACUACCUACUCCGCACACCGGGCGACAUCUUAGCUGUCACGAUAUUCUUCGCUAUCGCCUGACGUAUCGCACUUGGAUGCCCACCUGCUGAACGCAACCAACGACCUCGAUACCCUCCCCUCGGCGCGGCCUACGCCUGCCAUCUCUUCGCUCCGAUGUGGUGGUUAUUCAGGGCGCUAUUCAGCUCUAUCUUCCUGCUUAGCAUCGUCCUCUCCAUCCCCGUCGCUUUCGAUGUCGGUGGUCGCGAUAGUGGGCUGGCUUACAGUCUAGCCCUGUUCCUAUUCUAUUUUACAUAUUCUAGCCUCGAGCUUUUGACGCCAGAAAAGUCACGCUCGCGGUAUUUCCUUUCUGGAUUUCUACGGUUGUCGCAGUGGAUCAUCAUCCCCGCCCUCCUCAUCUGGGCGCUGGGACAGUUCGCUGUCGAUGCCGACAACACAAAUUGGGUGGAGCGAACAGUGGGUGGUCUGUUCAACUCUAAGAACACGAGCUGGAGGGAAUGGAUGUUUGGCAAGGAUGGCUUGGUUGAGACGAUCACGCUGGGUGGAUGGGAUAAUGUGCUACGGUAUUCGGGCCCCGUGUUCCAGCUUUUGGAGGGCUUCUGUACCUUGUUGGUUAUCCAAGCAGCGGGACAACUCACAAGAUGGCUUGUCAACCGUGGAAGAAGUGAUACUUGGUUGAUCGUUCUUCUGGUUCUCUCCAGCUCCAUCAUGGCUAGCGCUGUGUACUUCCUCUGGAGGGUAGCACAAUUCCCUCAAAUCGGCAACCUUGAUGCUACCCUUAUUGGCAUCGCAAUGACAACUGCCGUGUUCCUGUGCGCUUUUGGUAUCGGCAGUGGUCGCGGCAAUCCUAUUGAGUCGUCGCUUCUUUUUGCCUAUAUUGUGCUCUGCAUCUACCAGAUCUUCACUGAUUAUCUGCCAUCAGAAAAUGCAGACCAUACACAAGAUCACGAUGGCUCAGAGUCUGAUAUUCCACCUUUGCCCCCUGUCAUUAUGGCAUCCUACUCGACUUUCCUCCACAUGCUGGGCUCAUUGCCAUCCGCUGUUCACUCGUCAUUGGCGCUACUAUAUGCCGCCUUCCAGACUAUCACGCCAUCAGUCAUCAUCUCGCUAACAUACCGCUCUUUGGUAUUCUACUGCGCUACACGUAUCAUCCCCUCAAUCCGCGAGUCGGGUGCGCGAGCCAUGAUGCAAGAACCAGAUUGGGAGGACUCUGAGACUGCAGGUAAAUUCUUGGGAUUCCUCAGCUGGUUCUCGCCGUCAAUUUUAAUAGCAGUCUACACCAGUCUGCUCCUACAACAUUUCUCCACCAGCGACGGUCCAGAUGGCUGGACUCUCCGAGGUGGUGAUGUUGAGGGCAGCAACUGGCAGUGGGCCAAUAUCGGCCUGACUAUGGUUUUGUAUGGUGUCGAGCUCUAUCUGGGUUCCGACGAGCAUGACCACUGGAAGGUUGACUAAACGUCACAGACUCUAGAACUACAGAUGUCUGCUCAGCAGACUAUUACACACGACUUCGAUGUACUUUUCAGGGAGUCCUGAACCGUAGAACGGACUUAAAAGAUGGAUGAUAUGGAUUUGCUUUUUUUCGAAUCAGCACACAUUAUUUUUUCGCAGGCAGCAUAAGGAACUGGACUGGGCUGGACUGGGAUAGGGCAGUGGACAACGGGACAGGCACGAUACCGCACAUGGCGUUGAGGAAGGGCUUGGCAGGUUUUUGUUUCUUUGUUUUCUGCUUUACAGCAGCAUGGCGAUGGAUGAUGAUGUUGGUUUAAUUUAACCCCUUUUUUAUAUAAGUUAGUUUGCGUGAGGCAAUAGCAGCACGACGCGAAUUAAUAAUUCUUUUGAAA